GAUCGUCAUUAAGGCCGAGCCUCAUGAAACGAGUAGAGAGGAAUCAAGGCCACAACAACACAAUCGACAUUCCUGACAUCCGCCGGGAAAAUCCCUAUAUUGAUCUUCUUAAUCAACUCCCUAUCCUACAAAAUCUCCCCCAACAAGUUCUCAAUGACAAUGAAAUUUUUGCCUGGGGCCCAGAUUUUACCCAAGGCGGCCGAAACAUACUCAAGGAUAUGAUGUUCAGCGACUGGUCCGAAUUACAGAGACCUCGAUAUGAUGCUAUCUCAAAGCUAGAUAAAGUUGUUAAAAUAAUGUUCCAGGAUCAGAAUUUCCCAUUCGAGGAGCAAAUUUGGGUUAUGACCGCACUCGCCAAUUUAUAUGAUCGGGGAGUCUCUGGAUCCUUGGCGUUUGACGACUUUGGAUUCAAGCCCGACAAGCAUUUUUUUGGGGAACUUUACGUUCGCUUAGGUCACGAAGAUCGGGCCGCCGUCCUGCUAAAGUCUAUUGGGGUAUUCCCCAACUGUCCAUAUCAAAGUGAAUGGGCCAGAAAAAACUUUUACGAAAAGGGAAAUAAAAUGGAAUAAGGACUAAAAAUCACAGACAAGUCA